GUGUCAGGCCUGCAGUGAGGUUUUCCGUGGGAAAACUGGUUCCAAAUGUAUUCCUAAAGAAUUGUCCUGUAGAAGCUGUGCAUGGGCUUCAAGUCACACGGGUCCCCUCUGCUUCUUUCCUGUCCCAGACCUCAGGUAGUGAUGGGCUAGGACUGGCCGUCAUCGAUAUGCAGAGCAGGUGGAUGGCUCGCCGCUUUUCCCCAACCUUGAGCGCUUUAAAAAGUUCUCCGAGUUUGUUCGAAGUAACAGAUUUGCUGUUGUUUUUGAGAGUCACUUCAGUCAUUAUAGCUUGUGUAAUAAUGACUAAAAUACUGAGGCUUUUUUUUUUUUUCCUGUACAAGUUAGAAGUUUGACCUGUGCUUUUGCUCAGGAUUCAAGUCAUUGCAUCUAGCUCCACUCUUUUAUGGCAGUCCCAACUGGUGCCCAAUUGGGUCUCUUCCCCAUCCCUACGAAUUCUGGGCUCAGAAUUUGUAAGGAAGACAGCUGACUCCUCCUUGCCUCUGUUCAGCCCCUGGCUGCAGCAGCCCUUCUUAAAUGUCUCGGUGGCUCUAGCAUGUGACUUCAAGCACUUGGCUCUGACCUGGAGAAAUAAAGGCUGUUGCCAGAUUGACUCUCCUGUUUGUAGCAAUGUUCUCCCCAAGCAGGAGGACGACCAGUUCUUCUCGCGCCCAAGUCCUGCUAACAUGGAAGAUGGACAAGGCUCAGAGCGGACCCCGAAAUGCUGAGAAGGAAAUCCUCGCCUUGAGACUCCUGCGUGACACUGAGACCUGUCGGCAGAAUUUCAGGAACUUCCCGUACCCAGACCUGGCUGGUCCUCGGAAAGCCUUGAACCAGCUCCGAGAGCUCUGCCUUAAGUGGCUGAGACCCGAGAUUCACUCAAAGGAGCAAAUCCUGGAGCUGCUGGUUCUGGAGCAGUUCCUGAGCAUCCUGCCUGGGGAGGUUCGGACGUGGGUGAAGUCCCAGUACCCAAGGAACAGUGAGGAGGUGGUGACGCUGGUGGAGGACUUGACUCAGAUUCUGAAAGAAGACGCUGCUCCUCAGAACUUCACCCUUUCCCAAGAGACCCCAGAGGACGACCCCAAAGGAAGACAAGCUUUCCAGGCAGGGUGGUUCAAUGACUUGGUUACCAAAGAAUCUGUCACAUUCAAAGAUGUGGCAGUGGACAUCACCCAGGAGGACUGGGAGCUCAUGCGUCCUGUGCAGAAGGAAUUGUACAAGACCGUGACACUGCAGAACUACUGGAAUAUGGUUUCUCUCGGACUUACAGUGUAUAGACCAACUGUGAUCCCCAUGUUGGAAGAACCGUGGAUGGUGCUAAAAGAAAUUCUAGAAGGCCCAAGUCCAGAAUGGGAAACCAAAGCCCAAGAGUGUACUCUGGUGGAAAAUGUUUCUAAACUCAAAAAGGAUGGAAUCAAGCCCAUCAAACUGGAAGAACCCUCUGACUAUGAUGACAGAAUGGAGGGGCAAGCGGCAGAGACCUUCAGGAGAAUUCCCACCAAAAGGAGACAUUACAGUGUGAAGUCAGUCCUUUCACAAGAAGGUAGUCCUGUAGAAGACUAUAAAUAUGAUAUAUAUAGAAGUGAUUUUGAAAAGCAUUCAAACCUAAUUAUGCAGUUUGGUACCCAGUCAGACAAUAAAACUUUCAUGUACGAUGAAGACAAGACCUUCAUCCCUGGCAUCGUGCACAGGAAAAUAUACCCUGGAGAGAAGCCUUAUAAGUGUAAGGUGUGUGGGAAGAAGUUCAGGAAGUACCCAUCCCUCAUCGCACACCAAAACAGCCAUGCCAAAGAGAAGUCUUACGAAUGUGAAGAGUGCGGCAAGGAGUUCAGACACGUCUCAUCCCUCAUCGCACAUCAGAGGAUGCACACGGGAGAGAAACCCUAUGAAUGCCACCAGUGCGGGAAAGCCUUCAGCCAGCGUGCCCACCUUACCAUACACCAGCGGAUCCACACGGGAGAGAAACCCUACAAGUGUGAUGACUGUGGGAAAGACUUCAGCCAGCGUGCUCACCUCACCAUCCACCAGAGGACACACACGGGAGAGAAACCCUACAAGUGCUUGGAAUGCGGUAAAACCUUCAGCCACAGCUCAUCACUCAUUAAUCACCAGAGAGUUCAUACUGGAGAAAAACCUUACAUAUGCAAUGAAUGUGGGAAGACCUUCAGCCAGAGCACACACCUCCUCCAACAUCAAAAGAUACACACAGGAAAGAAACCAUAUAAAUGCAAUGAGUGCUGGAAAGUAUUCAGUCAGAGCACUUACCUUAUUCGACAUCAGAGAAUUCACUCUGGAGAGAAGUGUUACAAAUGCAACGAAUGUGGAAAAGCCUUCGCUCAUUCCUCCACACUUAUUCAGCACCAGACCACUCACACUGGAGAGAAGUCCUAUAUAUGCAGCAUAUGUGGGAAAGCCUUCAGCCAGAGUGCAAACCUCACUCAGCAUCACAGAACACAUACUGGGGAGAAACCCUAUAAGUGCAGCGUGUGUGGGAAAGCAUUCAGCCAGAGCGUUCACCUUACUCAGCACCAGAGGAUUCACAAUGGAGAAAAACCGUUUAAAUGCAACAUAUGUGGGAAAGCAUAUAGACAGGGUGCAAACCUUACUCAGCAUCAAAGGAUUCACACUGGAGAGAAACCCUACAAAUGCAACGAGUGUGGGAAGGCAUUCAUUUAUUCCUCAUCACUUAAUCAGCAUCAGAGAACUCAUACUGGAGAGAGACCCUAUAAAUGUAACGCAUGCAACAAAGAUUUUAGCCAGAGAACAUGCCUUAUUCAGCACCAGAGGAUUCACACGGGAGAGAAGCCCUAUGCAUGUCGCAUAUGUGGUAAAAGCUUCACCCAGAGUACGAACCUCAUCCAGCAUCAGCGUGUCCACACAGGUGCCAGAAAUCGAAACUAAUGCAUCCGGGAGACUGCACACAGGUUUUCAAACCUAAUAGUUCUACAUUUUAUUUUGUACUCUGCUUGUUGAAAACAUUAUUCAAAAGAAGUGCAAUAUGGGUUAGAUUUUCACUCAGCAGAAGUAUCGGAAUUAGUGAUGGGAGUAUAACCUAUUUAAAUGUACUGUGAAAUUUCAGAUGAAAACAUUCGCUUCAUAAUAACCUUUAUUUGAUGCCGGUUUAGUUCAUCCCAGAAAGAAACCGUAGGAAAGGAAGAGUGCCAGAAACCUGUUAGCCACUAACUCAGACGGAGUUUCAAGUACUUCUUCAUGAGGCCUUAAGAAUGUACUGUAACAGGAAGGCUUCCAUCCAGUAGAGCUUCCACACCAGAGGGUAAUCCCAGGGUGACAGAACAGAAGAGCUGCCCUCCAGCCUUUAGUUCUUCCCAGAUUUGAAGCCUUAAAUAUGUAAAGGGCCCCCUUCCCUUUUCCUGUUAUGCCAUAACUGCACGUGAAGCCAGUAGGUUUGCCAAAAAAGAAAAUGGUUGAAAGUAUCUUAAGGAAGGA